UCUUCUCCGUUUCUCCCUCAAUCUUCAAUGCUUUUGUGACCUCUGGAGCUUUGAGUUGCGCCAGUAAUGGCGUCCCUCGCGCUUACGUCUUCCUGCAACUUGGGAUUUCGCUCCCUUCCGAGCUGCAGAUCUCGCUCUGCGAAGUCUCCAUCGCUAAAUCUCAAAUCCACGACCAGAUCCGAUCUUCUCUCUAAUCAAAAUCGAGCUUCUUCGCGUUCGAAUUCGUUGAAUAAACCUUUCCUCGGUACCUUACCAUCGAGUUUCUCUCUGAAUCUUUCCAAUUGUGCUCGCUCGCUCUCGAACCGGAAAUUCACUGUUCGAGCUUCAGCUGCUUCUGCUGCUCCGGUAGCGCCUUCUUCUCAGCCAUGGCAAGGUGCGGCUUUGAAGCCAUUAAUGGCUUCAAUUGCGACAGGAGUUAUACUGUGGUUUCUUCCUGUUCCAUCCGGUGUGACGAAAAAUGCUUGGCAAUUGCUUGCUAUCUUCCUUGCUACUAUAGUGGGAAUUAUCACGCAACCCCUGCCUCUUGGCGCGGUUGCUUUGAUGGGAUUGGGAGCCUCUGUUCUCACUAAAACACUAACCUUCGCCGCUGCAUUCUCCGCCUUCGGUGAUCCGAUCCCAUGGCUUAUUGCUCUUGCUUUCUUCUUUGCUCGAGGAUUUAUAAAGACUGGACUUGGUAAUCGUAUUGCUUACCAAUUUGUGUCUCUGUUUGGUAGCUCGUCUUUAGGCUUAGGUUACAGCUUGGUAUUCAGCGAGGCGCUCCUUGCACCCGCUAUUCCCUCUGUGUCUGCUAGAGCGGGUGGAAUUUUUCUCCCAUUGGUUAAAUCCCUUUGUGUCGCUUGCGGUAGUAAUGCUGGCGAUGGGACUGAAAAGAAGUUGGGGGCGUGGUUGAUGCUUACUUGCUUCCAGACCUCAGUGAUUUCGUCUUCAAUGUUUCUCACUGCCAUGGCGGCAAAUCCAUUGAGUGCAAAUCUAACCUAUAAUACGAUAAAGCAGACUAUUGGGUGGACUGAUUGGGCCAAGGCUGCAAUUGUGCCUGGUUUGAUUUCAUUACUUGUUGUCCCGUUACUUCUGUAUAUAAUUUAUCCGCCAACGGUGAAGAGCAGCCCAGAUGCACCGAAGCUAGCAAGGGAGAAAUUAGAGAAGAUGGGAUCGAUGACCAAAAAUGAGAUUAUAAUGGCAGCUACCCUAGUUUUGACGGUGGGGCUCUGGAUAUUUGGAAGCAAGUUGAAUGUAGAUGCUGUAACUGCUGCUAUUCUUGGGUUGUCUGUCCUCCUCAUAACUGGGGUUGUGACAUGGAAGGAAUGCUUAGCGGAAGCAGUUGCCUGGGACACCCUGACAUGGUUUGCUGCACUUAUUGCAAUGGCAGGCUAUCUCAACAAAUAUGGUCUCAUAACCUGGUUUAGCCAGACAGUUGUCAAGUUUGUAGGAGGACUUGGACUAUCAUGGCAACUUUCGUUUGGCAUUCUGGUUCUUCUAUACUUCUACUCACACUACUUCUUUGCUAGUGGUGCUGCCCACAUUGGGGCUAUGUUCACAGCCUUCUUAUCUGUGGCAAGCGCCUUGGGCACACCACCAUUCUUUGCGGCCAUGGUGCUCUCAUUCCUAUCCAACCUCAUGGGUGGCCUCACUCACUAUGGAAUUGGCUCUGCCCCAGUGUUCUAUGGUGCCAACUAUGUGCCACUGGCCACAUGGUGGGGCUAUGGCUUCCUCAUCUCCAUUGUUAACAUAAUCAUCUGGCUCGGUGUUGGAGGCAUCUGGUGGAAGUUCAUUGGCUUGUGGUGAAGAGGCUGAUAUAGGAUUUUCUGCAUCUAAGUGCAGUGGUUUAGUGAUUUUUGUUCUCUCAGGUACAAUUGCCCCUCCCAUUGCUUGCAAAUCAAGGCCAUUUAUUUGAGUUUUUUUUUUAAAUCUUCUAGAAUUAUUUUUUGGUGACGUUGAUUGGGGAGACCUCAUAAAAGAUGUGGUGGUAUACAUAAAGAGGUCUAAACAAUACACAGGCUACUUGUACGUGAAUUUUUGACAUAGGCAGGAGGAAUGCCUGCCACUCGCGAGGAUGAGAUAGUGAUUACAUGGAUGUUUAAUCAACUUUUUCACCCCCUUCUUCCUGGAAUGUGAAAGUUCUUAUUGUAUUUAUUAGAACGUCACCACCAUAAGCAUGGAACAAAAUAUCUGGCUUGCUGCA